UCAAAAUGGAGACAAGAAAGAGAUUUUCGUAUGGGAAGAUUUACGUAGCAUAUGGUUUUCUUAUGAGCCUCAUUGGCAAUGGGAAUUUUGCUACUGCUCUUUCAAUCACCGUGACAGACUUGGAAUGUGUCUCGGAGCAAGUUUUGUAUGAGGGAGAUACCGUCUCCGGAAACUUUGUUGCUAUCGACCAUGACAUCUUUUGGAGCUCCGAUCAUCCCGGUAUCGAUUUCACCGCGAUGACUCCAAGAGGUAUCAUAGUGUUCUCUCUAAAAGGAACAUCGGGGGAUAAGUUUGAGUUCAAGGCGCCGCAGAGCGGAAUCUACAAGUUCUGUUUUCGCAAUCCGGUUUCAACUCCGGAGACUGUAUCUUUCUACAUUCAUGUUGGGCACAUCCCAAAUGAACAUGACUUGGCUAGAGACGAACAUAUGGACCCUCUUAAUAUUAAGAUUGCUGAGCUGAGGGAGGCAUUGGAGUCUAUAACAACAGAGCAAAAGUACCUUAAAGCACGAGAUGCCAGGCAUCGAUAUACAAAUGUUAGCACCAAAAAACGUGUGAUCUACUUCACACUUGCAGAGUACAUUGUGUUUGCUGCUGCAAGUGCUCUUCAAGUGGUGUACAUCCGCAAUCUGUUCAGCAAGACGGUUGGCUACAACAGAGUUUAAGCUUCCUCAUUUUCCUUGAUUAAUUUAUUUUUCUUCUUAUAAAUUCAUAAUAACUAUCUUGUUCU